AUGUUUACUAAUAUCUCUCUCUCUCUCUCUCUCUCUCUCUCUCUCUCCCUUGUGUUCUCUCUCUCUCUCUCUCUCUCUCUCUCUCUCUCUCUCUCUCUUUGUCGUCGUCUUUCAUCCUCUUUUCUGUCACAUGCCUUUUGCUGUCCACAUAUGUUGAGCACCUUUUACAUCUCUUUGCUUUUCUUCAAAACGGCGUUCUUUACUGGUCUUCCCCGGCUCGGCCAUGGUGGAUCAGUCCACCAGCCGAUUGCGAAAAUGGAGAGUCAAUCGUCACGGGAGGAUCAAGAUGAUGAUGAUGAUUUCAUCUCGUCGCCUGUACAGUCGCCGAAUCCAGCACUGAUUGCACAUCGACGGGGCAGUCUACAAAUUUCGUUGCAGGAGCAGGACUCGGCUGACUAUCGGGUUGUUAUAAUGGGGGCCGCACGAGUGGGUAAGACGUGCAUUGUGUCCCAAUUCUUGCAUGACAAGUAUCUAACCGAUUACCACGAAACAAUCGAAGAGCUACACCGUGGGGAGUUUGUUAUGGACGGCACCCGAGUUAUCUUAGACAUUCUCGAUACUUCCGGUGCUUUCCAGUUUCCGGCCAUGCGCAAACUAGCGAUCGCCACGAGCGACGCCUUUGUGUUGGUGUUCUCAGUUGAAAGUGAAGACUCUUUCAAGGAGAUGAAAAGAGUGAGAGAUAUUAUCCUGGAGGAAAGAGAAACGUGGGAUGUACCGAUUGUCAUUGUAGGAAAUAAGUGCGACGUUGAAGAGAAAAGUCGUAUAAUUGAAAAAGAAACAGCCGAAGCUUUAGUCGCGGUAGAAUGGGGCCAUGGCUACGUGGAAACCUCAGCCAAAGAGAAGAUUAACAUUGAAGAUAUAUUCAAAGAAUUGGUGUGCCAGGCGAAGGUUCAACAGUACCGACGAAUGCCGUCGUACAGGAGAGGCCGGAAAUCAAUGCCGGAAAUAUCAUUAAUGAACACCAUCACUAAAAGAAAAAAACGACACAGCUGUAAUAUAUCAUGA